AUGGCUGUAUGUGGUCUGAGGACACUGUUGUUGAUCGUUUGCAUCCUGGAAUUGAUUGUUACUAUACAAAGACAAGUUUUCGACUUUUUGGGGUAUAUGUGGUUGCCAAUAAUAGCAAAUUUUGUCAAUAUUUUACUGAUUAUAUUCGGUUCCUUCGGAGCUGUACAAUACAUAACCAAUUACCUCUUGGCAUAUGCAAUCUGGAGUUUUAUGUGGUUGACAUGGAAUAUCUUUUUAAUAUGUUAUUAUUUGAAUUUGGGAUCUUUGAACAGAGAAAGCGGAUUGCUGUCUUUGGGUACUGACAGCGUAAGCUGGUGGGAGUGGAAUGGUUGGGGAUGUCAACCUGUAUGGGGGGAAGCAGCUAAACCUGGGACAUGGAGACCAAGUCGUGUUGAUGGUUGCUUUAUGGAGUGGCAUCAUGUGGAAUUAGCACAAUCAGGAUUAGCUGCCCUACUUACUACCUUGGCAUUGCCAUUAGCUAUAUUGCUGGCUUACAAGUCCUUUUAUAAACGAAAAAUAGCAUCAGAUAAAGGAACUUUAUCACGUCGCCCUGUUUAUACAAUUGAAUUAAGCCCCACCCAAACAACAGUAAGUGAAAGUUCUCUUAAACCAAUGACCCCUCGUCGCGUUAAACGUCGUUCUGGUUCUCGUGGUACUGGGUCAUCAGUAAGAAGAUCACAUAGACGGUCAUACAGAAAUAACGGUUACUUGGCGUCUAACGCAUCACUUCCAAGAGAGUCGAGACCAUCUCGACCCACUUCAGCACAUUCCUCUUACUCCAAUUUCCAUGGAGCCCGCCCUUCAUCAUACCACGCUCUCGAGAGAGACGGCGGAUCGCGUUCCCAAGACGCAUACGACCCUCCACCUCCUACUGAGUCAGUGCCCAUAAUUACGAAUAGAUACGACACUAUACGCCGUUUAAACAAGAAUACCGGUUACGAUGUCGCCGGUCCAUACAAUGAGCCCGAUCGAAACCACGAUACUGAGAAGAAUUACGAGUCCAAUCGCAACUAUGAGCCGAAUAGGAAUUACGAGUCUAAUAAGAACUAUGAGACCAAUAAGAAUUACGAGCCGAACAGGAAUUACGAGUCGUCAAGAAAUUAUGAACAGAACAUUCCGUCAUAUGAUAACGUGGGACGCGGGUACGACGCGAUGUCAAACUAUGAUAGUAAAGUAGAGACGGUGUCACCGUGUGAAUCUCCCUAUGGUGGUGGAGUGUACGGUGCGAUGGGGGGGUAUCACGGCGCGGAGGGGGGGUGGGAGGCGCCGCCGCCGCCCGCUCCCCCGUAUAGUGCUCGUGCGACCCCACAAGCACCGGGCCCUCCUGCUUAUCAAGCCACAAGCGACCCCUACAUGACCUAA